AUUUCCUCACCCACAAACAGAGUAGAGUGAGUUGAGUGUGCAGAGAGCAUUGAGAAGGACAACAGGCUAAUAAGAAAAACCUGUGGCAUAUAACUAGAAGAUUGCAAGUGGAUACUUGAUAAGAGCACCAACUAAGGAACUCAUACUGAAGACAUCAGGAAACAGAGAUGGCAGUCAGUUCAUUUAAUCGUGGACAAUGGGCCUCCCAGUCCUUGCGUGUAACAGCAAAGGAACUCUCCAUUGUUGGUGUGCGUGGCAAAAACACUGCCAUUGCAGAGCGAUUCUCAAAGUACCAGAAGGCAGCGGAGGAAACAAGUGCAGACAAGAAAAAAUCUCCGGAGAAAUCAACUCCCUCCAUGCGCAACGGCAGUCUAAGUGUCCUGAAACAGCUGUGGGAGCAGCCGUCAGCUGCGUCUAGUGUUCCAGCUAAAAAACCUACAUCUCAAGAACCACAAACUCACUCCAGACUACAGGAGAACCAUCAGCAACACAAUUCAACUACUGUGAAUUCCUCGGAUGAGCCUGUGAACACUAAGACCGCUGAAUCCAUUUCAUUCAGGCCUAUUCACACCCCACAGGAGUCUACGGACAUCACACAAAAAGUCCAGCUUGUUGCCGGUACAGAACCCCUAUUAGACAGCAACAGUGAACAGCAGAUGGAGAAGUGGAAGCAGAGAGAUGUUGAGACUCCAGGGGCUGCAGUGGUGUCCACCGUGCACAUCAAAAAACCCACCGUGCCUCUCAACAGUCUGAAGAUGAUGUUUGAGAAAGGAGAGACCCUCCAGAAUGAAGUGUCCAGAGAGCCUUGUAAGACUGGAGACAGUGGAUCUGAGAAUAUGGAACCGGGAGACAGAGAAAGUCUUGACUCUGGAGUGAAAAUGGUGGAAUCCACCCCUCUCAGGGACCGUAUGGCCAUGUACAAGGCAGCUGUGACUAAGCUUGAUCUCUCUUCCUCCCCCACUAGUGAACCAGCAGACAAUGAAGUUCGCAGUCACAGUGGGAAACAGAAGGAAAAUGUGCCGCCACUCUCUGCUGAUGUGGGUUCUGAUACCAUCAGAAAAAGCCCCAUUACAGACAGGAAUGGCUCUGUUGUGAGUCCUGAGCAAAACCAUCCUAAAGCUGUCAGGAUGUUCCGUUUGCCUGUUCGUGAAACCUGCGUGAUGUGCCUUAAGACUGUGUACCCUCUAGAAAAGCUUGUAGCGAAUCAGCUGAUUUACCACAACUCCUGCUUCCGCUGUGCCUACUGCAACACUAAACUCAGUCUGGUGAACUACGCCUCUUUGCACAACAAUGUCUACUGUAAGCCACACUUCUGCCAGCUGUUCAAAGCCAAGGGGAACUACGACGAGGGUUUUGGCCACCGUCCCCAUAAGGAGCUUUGGGAGGUGCGAGGAGAGGAAGCUGAGGAACAAGUCAAGGAAUCUUCCCCAGAAACAACCUCCAGUCCCACAUUAGAGGAGUCUCCGCUUGUCAAGGUUAACGUUCUUGCGGCAACUUUGGAGACCAGGGCCCAGACUGCCUCUGAGAGGAUGGAAAAGCCAUUGGAGGCAGGACGGCUGAAAAUAUCCUGGCCCCCACAGUCUGAAGGAGAAGAAAGCACAACCCUUGCAUGUACUUACGGUAGUGCUGUCAAACCCAUCCGGCCAAAGUGGCCUCCAGAGGGCGAUGCUGUUUCAAGCAACUCAGAUGCUUCUGAUCUUCCAAAGAUUCGCAGGAGUGUCUCCCUCAAAGAGAGAAGCAAACCAUUUUCAGUCUUCAGCUCAGCUAAUAUGCCAGUUGCUCAGCCCAGCGGGAGAAGAUCUCCAUGCCAAAGAUCUCCAUCAAAUGAAAAGUCCAAAUCAGAGGAAAUGUCACCUGUUUCCUCACCCACAGACACUCUUAUCUCUUCUGAGGACAUGACUGAAAUGAACCAAUCAGAAGAGGAAACUGUGGAAGGAAACAAGGAGAAAGAUGAUGAGGAAAGAAUGGAACAAGAGGAAGAGUGUAAAGAGGAAGUGGAAGAGGAACAUUCCUCUUUGAAAAGCAAAAGCAGCCCGCUGGAAAACAGUCCUGCCUCAUCGUCUGAGAGCGAGUCUGGCUUGGAUUCAGAGCAGAACCAGGCCUCUCAGGAUGUGGGCUUCUGGGAUGGAGAGGAGGCAGGGGAAGAUCGAAGUGACAUCACUGUUGAGGAUCUGAUUAAGAGGAACCGUCAUUAUGAUGAUGAGGACGAAGAUGAUGUUGUCUGAGUGAAAAAAAUAAAUGGUGGUUCCUCCUUUCUCUGCUUUUUUUUUUGUUAGGAGCACCUAUGUAUUAUGUUGUCUUGGAGUUUCUGUCCUUCUUCGUGCAAUUAAUUUCUUAAGCUUUUAAAUGUGCCUAUAAAUGUAUGUAACUGAACAACAAAUCUAAUAGUUGUUUAGAAAGUUUCUUAAAAGAAAAAGAACUAAGGGAUAGUUCACCUAAAAAUAAAAAUUCCACCCUCAUGAUGUUCCAUACCUGUGUUUUGUGGAACACAAAAGAUGUUUGGCAGAAUGCUGAGAACUGACAGCCUCAGUCACCAUUCACAUUUCAUUAUAUGGAGAAAAAAAAAUGCAAUGAAAGUGAAUGGUGACUGAGGAUUACAAUCCGCCUAACAUCUCUUGUGCUCCACAAAAGAAGGGUCAUACAGGUUUGGAACAACAUGAGAGUGAGUAGAUGGUGAAAUAAUUAUUUUUGGGUGAGCUAUCCCUUUAAGACAUCUGCAAGUCUAGUUUUGAGUUUUUAAAUAAUUUGGUACCUUUUCUAUGUUCUUUUAUAUAUUAAUGGACUGUAGAAUAUUUUAUGCUGCUUUGUUCAAUAUCAGAAAAAUAUAAUGCAUCUUAAAAACAAUGGAACAAGAAUAGACCGAUUAUGUUUUUGAUAUUGCUUUUAAGAAUUUAAGAUUUGAUCAUUAGGCCUAUCAAUGUUCAGUUUGUAAAAA